AGCGUUUUAGUUUCAGUGUAUAUGCAUAUAUCACAAGUUACAUUGUCAAUCUCACAACUAGUGAUCUUCAAAAUCGUCCCACAAAUCCUGACCGUCAGAUUUGAACAGCGAAACGCACUCUCAAGCCUUACACGUGCUGCCCAUCUUCUGAUUUGUUCUUCCCUUCUCUAAUCUUUGUUUCCAUGCAUGGAAUUUUCCUUCCAACUAGUACAACACACACAACGCAAACAAGAAGAUAUAUAUAUAGUGAGAGAGAGAGAGAGAGAGAGAGAGAGAGAAAUGGUCAUGGUUUCUGUUUUACUAAUUGUUUUUAUCUUCCUUCCUAGGCUUGUUCAUCGCCAUCAUUAGCGACCCAUCUCUUCAAAAGUUUGAUUUUUUUUUGCCGAGUUCUUUCAAAUUUUGAACAUCCAGAAGAGGGGGCUAGAGACAGAGAGAGAGAGCACAGAAAUGGAAUUCAAGGGUCUCUUUUUCGAUGUGGGUCUGAUCUUGUACUUCGCAAAACUGCCACAUCUGACCACUUCGAAUCUCUUCUGAUCAUUCCAAACAAACCAAUCAAUUUCGUGAUCUGUGUCCAACCCACUUCCCAGAUUUGAGCUCGCCAAGCUCGGUUCUUUCAUUUUCUGAUCUGGGUUUCUUUUUCUGGGUGCCUCUGUUCUGUUUCUAUAUCAUUUGUGUCCUCUUCUUCCUGGUAUAAGAUCAAGAAAUGUAGAGCAUUGUUGGAGGGUUUGAACUAGCACAUGAUUAACUGAUCUUGUUUUCUGUAUUGGGUUUUCUCUGGUUUUUACUGAUCUAAUCAAAUAAUCAAUCAAAUGGAAGAUGAUCAGGAACUGAGAAGGUUUGUGUGCAAAUUGUGCAACAAAAGGUACCCGUGUGGGAAGUCUUUGGGGGGUCACAUGAGGUCUCAUCAUGUAAAUGCAAAUUCAGAUGAAAAACUUGAGCCCAAUGUGAGAAAGAUUUGUAAGGAGGAUUCAGGGGUUGAACUUGGAGGGCAUUUUGCUUCUGCUUCUGCUGCUGGGUAUGGCCUCAGAGAGAACCCUAAGAGAACAUGGAGGGCUUCAGAUUCAAACUUGCCUUUACAUCAAGAGCGAGUCUGCAAACAAUGUGGUAAAGGGUUUCAAUCUUUGAAAGCUCUGUGUGGUCACAUGGCAUGUCACUCUGAGAAAGAGAGGGUUUUGAAGGAUGAUCAUUCAUGGACUAGUGAGAAUCAGAAGCUGUUGAUGGAUAGCCACUCUGAUACCGAUGCUGAGGCACCAAGGCGUGGGGCAAAGAGAUCAUCAAGUGUGAGGUACAAAAGAAUUGCUGUCAAAUCUUCUUAUUUGCUAAAUGGGUCUUCAUCUGUUUUUGAGAUUGAUCAUGAACAGGAAGAGGUAGCUAUGUGUUUGAUGAUGCUGUCUAGGGAUUCUGGGAACUGGGUUGGUGUGAAUUUAGUUGCGGAGUCUUCAGAUAACAAUUCUGUGGUUUUAGAGACUAAAUCAUCAUCCAUUGACAUGAGAAUUGGCAGAAAGAAAGGGUUGAAUUGGGUCCAUAACCGCGAUGAGACUGCGAAAAUCAAGAAACUAGUAAAAGGGAAGUUAAAAUCUGGUGUUUUUGAUGCCGAGGAGGCUACUCAAUUUGAGAAUUCUGAUUCUGAGUACUUCAUAAAUGGACCUAAGAAGGUCGAUUCAGAUGUUUCUGUUGAUGGGUUUCUGACCAAUGAUAAUUUCAAGAAACAUAAAAUUGAAGGUGGAUCUAAUUCUAGAUUUAAGGUAUCUGAUACUGAACUGGGGAAAGGCUUAAACAAAGUGAAAUGCAAGAGAACUGAAUCGACAAACAACCUUUUUUCCAAGGAAAAAGGACAUGAUGAAAGUGGAAUCGCUUCAAAUUCGAUCAAGUUUGAUUCUAGAAAGAGGACUGUGAUCGGUUCUUAUAGUAAGAAGAAGCAAUCUGUUCGAGAUUUGGCGUGCAAUGGAGAGAAAAGAUUGAAGUCAAAGAAAAGCAAAGGACAUGAGUGCCCAAUUUGCCACAGGAUGUUCAAGUCAGGCCAAGCUUUAGGAGGUCACAAGAGGUCUCAUUUUCUUGGAGAGUCCAGAGAGAAAAGCAACCAGACCAUCCCAGUAAUCGAGCAAGAGAUUUCUGAGGUUCCUGAUCUGCUUGAUCUUAAUCUUCCUGCUCUUCCAGAGGAAGAAGAAAAUGAGUUCAUGUCAUGGUAGUGUUUCCAGGAAGAUGCUAGAGUGUACAGACAAGUUGGUUUGUUCUAGGUUCUAGCUGACCACUAGCUAUUUCUUCGCCUUUUGUCACUAUUCAAGGAUAUCACAGAGAUGACACAGUUGCAUUACUGGUUAUACUCUCUGUAAGGAACUAGUUUUGGGAUUUUGAAUGCUUCUCUUUUCAUCUUAUUUUUUGUAUGUUUUGAAAAAUCCUCUGUUUUCACAAGUUCAUUGCUUUCUUUUGUUUUGAACCGUUGAUAUGAUGGCUGAAUUUUUUGUUUC